AUGACAGACGAACAGCAGAGAAAAAUGGCAUGCCAGACCGUGGCAGCGGUCUUUCUGCCCAUUGCCACUAUAACGGUGGCGCUGCGCAUAUAUGUGCGUGGCUGGAUCGUAAAGGCGUUUGGAUGGGAUGAUGGGGUUAUGGUUGGCGCAAUGUUAUUCUACGCUAUGUUUUGCGGGACUAUGAUUGGAGGCACAAUAUACGGCACAGGUUAUAUGCUUGACCACCUCACUGUCCACAACCGUGUCCUAGCAAAAAAGUACUGGUGGCUCUGCGAGAUUGCCUACUGCUUCGCCUCGGUUGGAUGCAAGAUCUCCGUCUGCAUCUUCCUCAUGCGCAUCACUAUCAAACCCCUCCACAUCUGGAUCCUCUAUACCGUCAUGCUCUUGACCGUCCUAGCAGGCCUGGUUUUCAUGUUGCUCAUGCUCCUCCAGUGUAGGCCGCUGUCAUACUUCUGGUUUCAAGUGGCACGCGACGCUAGUAUCCACGGCAAAUGCAUGGAUAUGAAGGUCAUUGUCAUCAUGACCUACGUUUACAGUGCAUUUGCCGCCCUGUGUGAUUUCACCGUCGGCUUGUUGCCUAUCUUCCUCGUCCACAAUCUUCAAAUGAAGCGCCAGACCAAGAUCGCCGUCAUGGCCAUCUUAAGCAUGGCUUGCAUUGCUUCAUCGGCGGUUAUCGUCCGUAUGCCCUUCGUCAACGGAUUCUACGACCCCGAUUUCCUCUACGCAACAUACCAAAUCGCCAUUUGGUCCAAUGUCGAAGCCGGCCUCGGAAUUACAGCCGGCAGUCUCGCAACCCUCCGACCCCUCCUCCGCAUGUGGACGGGCUCCCACUCAGAUCCAUAUUACAAUAACAACUCCGGGUUCCCCUCCGCGUUCCCCGGCGGACGCUCACGGUCUGCCUCGCGCCAAUUGGGUGGAUGUGAUAACCGUCCGUUUCCUUUGGGCUCGCUGGAUGACAGCGGUCAUCGCUUGAGACCGGAUAAGCUUGCUGUCACUGUUACGACUAUCCACAGUCAGAGGGAUCCUAAUGAUCUUUACUCCACGAGCCCGACUAGCAGCGAGGAGAGGCUGACUUCGGAUCGGUCAUCGCCUCGGGAUAUUGGGUUGGGGAUUCACCGCACGUUCGAGGUUACGCAGACUUCAACGGAGAGGAUUGAUUCUGAAAGGAUAGCUGUGAGGGAACAUGUAUAA